AUGAAGAAUGCUGCAUCAUGUUAUAAAUUUGUCCAGACCUGGGAUAACGAGCAUGCGUUUUCCCAAAAUGAUAACAGUUGGUGUAAAACUGUCUGUAAAGAAGCUGAUGCAAAAUAUCAAUAUAGUGGAACAUAUUACAAUUAUUGCUAUUGUCGAGAAACGGAACCGUCGGCGUUUGACAAAGUUGAUGAUGAUGAUGAAUGUUAUUACGAAUGUCCAGGUAACAAUGAAGACAUGUGUGGAGGAUAUGUCAACGGUCACCUGCUUACUGUCUCAAAAAUAGAUCGAACAAAUGAAACUGUGACCAAGACAAAUACCCAAGGGACUAGUGCAACAGCUGUGUCUACAAGAGUCUCAGCGAUGACAGAAUUCAUGAACAUGAUAACUAACGACACAUCCUCGGCAUUAGCUACAGAAAUCGCUCCUUAUAUAACACAAGACUUAUCCAGUACAACAUCUGGAAAUGCAAAUAAUGAUAUUUCACCUGUUUCGACUGAGACAUCAACACGAGAAACAACAGAUCGAACAACUGAAACUGUGACUGAGAAAAAUACCCAAACAACUAGUACACCAGCUGUGUCUACAAGAGCCUCAGCGAUGACAGAGUUCACAAACAUGAUAACAAGUGACAAAUCCUCGGUGAUUGCUACGAAAAGUGCCCCUUAUACUACACAGGAGUUAUCCAGUACAGCAACUCAAAAAACAAAUAAUGAUAUUUCAUCUGUUAUGACUGAGACAUCAACACAGGCAAUAACAGAUCGAAAAACUGAAACUGCGACCGAGACUAAAGUGACUAGUGCAACAUCUGUGUCUACAAGAGACUCAGCGAUGACAGAGUUCAUGAACAUGAUAACUAACGACACAUCCUCGGCAAUAGCUACAGAAAUCGCUCCUUAUAUUACACAAGACUUAUCCAGUACAACAUCUGGAAAUGCAAAUUAUGAUAUGUCACUUGGAACGACUGAGGAAUCAACACAAGCAACAACAGAUCGAAAAACUGAAAUUGCGACCGAAACGAAAGCGACUAGUGCAACAUCUGUGUCUACAAGAGACUCAGCGAUGACAGAGUUCAUGAACAUGAUAACUAACGACACAUCCUCGGCAAUAGCUACAGAAAUCGCUCCUUAUACUACACAGGUUGUAUCCAGUACAACAUCUGGAAAUGCAAAUAAUGAUAUUUCACUUGGAACGACUGAGGAAUCAACACAAGCAACAACAGGAAUAUCAACUGAAACUGAGGUUGUAAAAAAUAAAGAAGCAACUACAGUGUCCAUAGCUAUAAGAGAGUCAACAACGACAGAUGUUAUAAGAAUGAUAACUAGAGACACAUCUCCAUUUAUUGUAACGCAGAGUACGCAUGGUAUCACACAGGAGGAACUCAGUACAACUACUGAAAAUAUUGAUACUGCCAUAUCAACUGUUAUGACUGAGACAGCAUCACAAACAGCAAUAGCUGAACAACUGAACAUCAUCUUUGUUGAAGUGAUCAUGCCAGCAUGUAAAUGUUCAAAUUGGAACAGUUUAGAUGAAGAAGAUACAUUUUACUGUAACUAUCAGGCCUCAGCAAGCGAGAUCAUCACUAUAGCGUGCCAACCUAACACAAGAGGGAGGUUCGUUAGAAUUAAAUGGAAGGAUAUGGAAUCCCUUACAAUUCGUGAAGUAGAUGUUAACGGCGACCAGGUGAACAGCACCAAUGACUCAGGUCUACCAAGUACUGCCCAUGCAUGUGACCAUUCCGGGUAUGGAUAUACCGGCCCGAUCAUAGGGACAUCUGUAGCGAGCAGUUACAUUGAUUGUACAAUGAUGUGCUUCACAAUUACAGCCUGUGCUGCUGCAGAGUAUGACAAGAAAGCAAAUGUAUGUACACUGAAAAGUGAAUGUACGAAUACAACUCAGUAA